CCCCCUCAUUUACCCUCUUCUUCUUCCUCAUAAUAACCCAUAUUCACUACCCCUUCGGAGAGAGGCGCGCACACAGAAAGAGAGGGCUCAUUUCGAAGAGAUUGAUCGUUAGCUGCUGUGAAAGGUUUUCUCCUUAGAAGAAUCUGAAAGAAAAAACUCAUAAAACUUUUCGCAGUAGCGUGUUCAAUCUCUACCAUUAUAUACAAAAAAUGGCUCGCUCUUUCUCUAACGCUAAGCUUCUCUCUGCUUUCGUCGUCGAUAGAAUCUCCCUUGCUGUUACCAGGCGGGGAUACGCGGCAGCAUCACAAGGAGUUGCGUCAGGACCCGUGACCGCAAGAGGCGGCGUGAUGGGGAAGAAAGGUGGGGAAGAAGAGGCAACAAAGACUUCUUGGGUGCCUGAUCCAGUGACUGGGUACUACAGACCCGAGAAUAAAGCUAAUGAAAUCGAUGUUGCUGAAUUGCGUGAGAUGCUCUUGAAGAACAAAAUCAGACGACACUAAAAAUGAAGAUUAAUUGAAACUGAAGGAUCCAUCAUCCAUCGCCGGUGAAGAAGAUUUGGAGCAUUAUGAGAUGGUUGGGAAGAUAUCAACGAAGAACGGGGCUGUGCUCUCGGUGGAUCCUUAAAAGAAUUAUUCUCCUCUAAUAUUUCUCUAUUCAUAACAAAAAAAUUUAAAAGAAAAAAAUAAAUAAAAAAUUAGUAUGCUACCCUGAUUUGAGGGACUACUUUAUCCUUUGUGUCCUUCGUUUGUUUUGUUGCAGCAAUAAUAAUAAUGUCGUUAUUUUUAGUUAA